GGGGUGAGGCCCGUCUCGGGUGGGGUCAAGGAGGGUGUUUCCGACAUCUUUCUGCUCACGUCUUGCCUUGCCCGGGUGCUGCUUCUCUUUCUCUUUCCUCCCCACCCAGCUCUUUUUCUGAAGACUAGAGCUUAGUUGGAAGGAAGCUUCCUAUUCACUUUUCAGGCAGACUCGAAAAGUAUCUGGGACAUAAUCCUGCUCUUGGAGCAAAAUCGAUUUAAGAGAUUUCAGUACUCAAGACUCAGAAGUAGAACGGGAUCCGGUCCCGCCGCGACACGAUCUAUCUUUGCGCGUUGUAUUUUUAAGCGAGAUGCACGAGGCCGUGUUUUAACAACUAGAAGAUGUGGAGUGGGCUUUUACCACCAGGUGUGAAUGAAAGUGAUGUUGACUUGAGCUCUGAUGAUGGAGAUGCAGCAGAUGGUCCUGCAUCGUGCACAAAGGAUGAUAGAGAAGAGGCUGUCAAGGGAAUUCAAUUGUCUGAUUUCCAGAUAGAUGGACCUGAAAGUACUUCUGUAUCAGUGACAGAUGGAGAAAAUACAUGUCAACCAUGCCCUUCUGGAAUUUCUUUAAAUAUGUGGAAUAAAUUUCUGGAGCUGCAGAAGAAAAAAUGUGAAAUGAAAGCCCAAGCAAAUGAGAGAAAGAAGGGGAAAAAAAGAAAACGUUCCAGAAAAGAAAAACUGAAAAAGAAUGAUAAAGAAGUGACUGACAGUCAAAAAUUGACAAAUGAAGACCAGUGGAAGGAACUGACCCAGUACUUUGGGAACAAUGACAGGUUUGAACCACUUGUCAGCAAGAAAGCUCCCCAAAAGUCUGGCCUUGAAGUCAGUGUUGACAAGUCCGUGGCUGAAGGGGACAUUGAGAAAGCUGAGGAGCUGAGUGAUAGGUUAGCUGUUCGUGAGCUGGGUGUGAAAAUUGCCAAGGCUGUAGCUUGUCGCAACUUUGUAAAAGCCAAGCAGGAAGCAGAAGCUUCCCAGGAAGCUCGGAAAAAGAAGAAGCUUGCAUGGGGAUUUGAAGCUAAGAAAAGAUGGGAAACAAAAAGCAACAUGGGAUAUAUGUAGCUCUAUCUUAUUCUCAUCAGAAAACAAAGCUGUUUUUAAGGUUUCUCUUGUAUGUGGUGGAAUCUUUGCCCUUUGGUAAAGAGUAUAAAUUAAAUUUGACUAAUUAAAAUAAGUUGAUUAGUUUGAAGAA